GUGAUGAGGACUACACUAACAAUGAAAUAGUCGUUGCCAUGGAGACGAAUGAAGCAUCAACAAUGCUACAGCCGUUGCCGUGGUGAUUUUCUGCCAACUCAUACAUACAUCACAUUAGAAAACUCUAAAAUUAUCAGAUUAAGACCAUUAAUCGAAAUAAAAACUAUCCUAUCUCUCAAGUUGGAAAAAAUUACACAUAAAUGCCAAUUUUCAUCGAAAUCGGUUAAGUGGUUUAGGAGUCCAUUGAGGACAAACAUUGUGACACGAGAUUUUUAUAUAUAUAUAUAUAUAUAUGUAUGUGUGUGUGUGUGUGUGUGUGUGUGUGUGUAACUACUAUUCAGUUUUUUGCUGGUUACAAUAAAUGUGGAAAGACGUUAUGACACAACAAUAUCAUUAUUUUUAUAACAGAAGCAUAAAUAAUUUUCAAUUCUCAUAGUUAUCAAUGUAUGUUUAGCUGCUAUAGUUUUUGUUGUACAUCAGCAUACAGCAGUGAACAGUGGGGAUCGGGGCUCAGCUGGACUGUGAGAGUCAGCUAGCAGCGCCAGUGAGCCCGCGACGCCGGUCUUCACUGGCAGAUGCCAGUGCAGGCAUCUGGCAGAUGUCAGAUGUCACGUCGACCUAGUGAUUAUCGAUACCUAGCUGCCCCUCUCCCCCUCCAACUCUGAGACAAGGAGCCGCGGUCUUGAACUGGGGUCUCUGUGGGGAGGGGUGGGGGGUCCGGCGAGGCCACAGUCGAACAACAUUCCGCCCAGCUAUGUCUAUUGUCAUGUCCGGGUAAAUGGGGGUUCAGUUAUUGGGUCGUCAAAUUUGCAUGCCACGCAACCACGAGCCAGGGGAAAACCGCCCCGGGGAGCGAGCGGGGAUGAGGUGGCUUAGGGGAGGGUAGCUUUAACAUCCCUCCUAUUCAACCCGCACUGGUCGUGUGGGCAGUCAAGUUUUGAUCGUGUGACUGUGCUCCAUGUUAUGCUCAGAACAGUUAGGUCGCUGCCCCACCUGGAGCAGUGCCUGUGUGUCUACCAGUAGUAGUGCCUUCGUGUCUACCAGGAGUAGUGCCUGCGCGUCUACCAGGAGCAGUGGCUGUGCAUCUACCAGGAGCAGUGCCUUCGUGUCUACCAGGAGCAGUGCCUUCGUGUCUACCAGGAGUAGUGCCUGCGCGUCUACCAGGAGCAGUGGCUGUGCAUCUACCAGGAGCAGUGCCUUCGUGUCUACCAGGAGCAGUGCCUUCGUGUCUACCAGGAGCAGUGGCUGUGCAUCUACCAGGAGCAGUGCCUUCGUGUCUACCAGGAGCAGUGCCUUCGUGUCUACCAGGAGUAGUGCCUGCGCGUCUACCAGGAGCAGUGGCUGUGCAUCUACCAGGAGCAGUGCCUUCGUGUCUACCAGGAGCAGUGCCUUCGUGUCUACCAGGAGCAGUGGCUGUGCAUCUACCAGGAGCAGUGCCUUCGUGUCUACCAGGAGCAGUGCCUGCGCGUCUACCAGGAGCAGUGGCUGUGCAUCUACCAGGAGCAGUGCCUUCGUGUCUACCAGGAGCAGUGGCUGUGCAUCUACCAGGAGCAGUGCCUUCGUGUCUACCAGGAGCAGUGCCUUCGUGUCUACCAGGAGUAGUGCCUGCGCGUCUACCAGGAGCAGUGGCUGUGCAUCUACCAGGAGCAGUGCCUUCGUGUCUACCAGGAGCAGUGGCUGUGCAUCUACCAGGAGCAGUGCCUUCGUGUCUACCAGGAGCAGUGCCUUCGUGUCUACCAGGAGCAGUGGCUGUGCAUCUACCAGGAGCAGUGCCUUCGUGUCUACCAGGAGCAGUGCCUUCGUGUCUACCAGGAGUAGUGCCUGCGCGUCUACCAGGAGCAGUGGCUGUGCAUCUACCAGGAGCAGUGCCUUCGUGUCUACCAGGAGCAGUGCCUUCGUGUCUACCAGGAGUAGUGCCUGCGCGUCUACCAGGAGCAGUGGCUGUGCAUCUACCAGGAGCAGUGCCUUCGUGUCUACCAGGAGCAGUGCCUUCGUGUCUACCAGGAGUAGUGCCUGCGCGUCUACCAGGAGUAGUGCCUGCGCGACUACCAGGAGCAGUGACUGGGAGCAGCCCCGGGCGCACACCCUGCCGACGGAAGUCCGGUGGGAAGCGAACCCAUAGCCACCGCAACAUACAUGCUUUGCGCUCAAUUGAGAUAUUCUAUACAAAAUUAAACAAAAA